GAGCGGUGGGGCUGAGGCGCUGAUUGGGCAGCUCCCCGCGCAAGCGUCUGAGGCGAGGCAGGCCGGGAGCUUUGCUAAGGAGACGGAUUUGUUUACAGCCAUCGCGUCUUCCCCCUCCUCGGGGCGGCGCGGCGCUUGAGGACGUUGGGGCGAGCACCAGCCAUGCCUGUCCGCUUUAAGGGGUUGAGUGAAUACAGGAGGAACUUCAAAUGGAGAAAAGCAGAUCAAUCUGAGCUUUGUAGCCCCAUGCACGAGCAAAAAUGCCGAUGGGCUGGACUUCGAUCGGAUCAGUUUGGAAUGGCAAGAGAACCAAAUUUUAUUUCCAAGAGAAGAGUGCCGUAUUACAGCACACAGAUUUCAAAGUCCUUUGAGUGGAACAGAGAUAAUGAUUGCGAGACAGAUAAAUCACCAGAAUGUGAAGUUCCUCCACCAGUGGAGUUGCAUGCAAAUCACAACAAGGAUGAUAUAAAUCAGGAAAACAUUAAGACACCUGAUGCUCCCAGGCUUCCUGAAAAAAUGCAUCCUAGCUCUGCAGGUUCUAGACUGGAACUAAAUGUAGCUCUUUCAAAAAACAAGAAGAAAUUAUCACCCAAAACUCCAGUGCAUGAAAAUGGAACAUUAGCACCUACAGAAAAGGACUUAGGAAAAAUAGACAAUGGGUUUAAGAGAGUCUUGCAGAGGAAAGCAGGCAUGAAUAUUUUGCGGUCAAGUAGCUUCCCCAGAACUUCUGAGUAUCAAAGACAGUUUGGUUGGAAGACCCCUCAGAAAGUCUCUCCAGUACUUUCAGCAGAUCAGGUCAUUCACAGUGCAAGUAAAUCCAUUCCUCCACACAAGUCUCCUGCAAUUAUUCCUGAAACUGAAUAUGAAAGAUGUUUUAAAGCUUCUCCCCCUAUGAAAGAACUCAGAAAAACACCUCAUUUGGAAGAGAAAGAACGUCCUGUAGAAUCAUCUCCUGGAGAAAAGAAAGAUAAAAAGGACUCACUUUCAAAGAUCCCAGAAGAUCCACCAAAAGACAGCAAAUCAGAAACAGAACAAAAACAACAUAAACAAAAACAUAAGCCACACUACUUACAUAGAAGUUUUAGGAAGAUGAACACCGAAUACAGAUCAAAAUUUUUGUCUCCUGCUCAGUACAUAUACAAAGAUGGAGCUUGGUUGCGUAUCAGGAGAAAUGUACCUGCUCAAGGUUCUCGAAACACCCUAAAUUACAUGUGGUAUAUGGAGGUAAAAGAACUGCGAGAGAAAGCAGAGGCUUACAGGCAAAGAAUACAGGGAACCCACUUCUCCAGAGACCAUUUAAACCAGCUUCUGUCUGAUAACAACAGGCUUUGGGAUUUGUCUUCAGAGUCGAGUUCAGAAGAAGCCAUUAGCAACAACAUCAGAGCUCUAGAUCUGGCAGGGGUCUCUGAGAAGCAGAUCUCUCCAGGUCCUCAGGCGUUGCUACAGCCUGAAUGGUCAGAACAGCUAACCAAAAACAACACUGAGAAGCUGGGCAUAUCAGAUGCUGCCACUGUUCCAGUCAAACGACGUCUAGUUUGGGGUGAACCAGGCAGUGCUGAAAAACGGGAAGAUCUGACACUGGAGGAAGGAGAGGAAAAAGCAAAUAAACAGAAAUCAGAAGAGUUUGAAAAACAAAGUGAUAAGGGUAGCAAUACAAAUAACCAGCAAGGAGGGAAUGUCUCACUUCUCAGUCCCUCAGGUGAUGGGUCGGAUUGUUCUUUAGCGUCUUCAAGAAAGGGUGGUAGGGUUUCUACACCACAGCUAAGACUUCUUGGUGGAACCCAAAGAACUCAUCAUGAUCUUACCACACCUGCUACUGGAGGUGCUGUUUUAGUAUCUCCUCCAAAAGUGAAGCCUUGGACCUCGGUACAAAUAAAGAAGGGGUCUUCAGAAAAUCAGGAUGAGGUAGAAGCUACAUUGCCACCUCUUCCUUCAGCUGCUGGACUGAAAACUCAGGGUCCUUUACCACUACAGAAAGAUCAGUGGCCUGGACUAGAUUUUUCUGGUGUAAGAACCUCUCCAACUACAGUGCAUUCAGAGCAUACACCUAUAGCUGCUGCAUUAAAACCAGCAAAAGGCUCUGCUUCAUCCUGUUGGAGUCCAACAUGGCGAAUUCAAGGAACUCUCAGGGAUUCAGAGUUUCAGCAUAAUGGAAAUGUGGCAAGCCCAAAAAAGAGCUGGCUGCAAUUACCUCUCCAGGAAAGAAAUUAUAAUGAUGAAGAUGAUGACAGAUUGUCCCAACUCUCUGCUCGAUCAGCUGCUUCUAGUUCCCUGGCAUCUCAAGUUCUAGAAAGGGCUCAAAGGAGAAAAGAGAACUUCUGGGGCAAGAUGUGAUGUGUUCUGAGAUAUCUGGAAAUUGUUUUUACUUGGAAAUUUUAUUACCACUGUGUGAAAAAUUUCAGUUAUAUUAGAUGUGAUAUGAGAACACAGAAACUGUUGAAUUGAGCUCUACCUCACUAUGCUGUUCUUCAGCUAUAAUACAAAAUGUUUCUAUUCCAUGGAAAUUUGUAUGGAAUUUCAAAGGGACAGUGUCUGUUUUAAAUGGCAGUGAAAUGAUGCCAAGGUGGAGAUGGUAUCAUCUUAUGUAGUACCACAAACAGUAGCUACAGCACAGUUAGUGGAGUGGUAAAUUGUAAAAUAAGGCUGAGAUAGGUCUAAGUAGUCUGCAGCCUCUGUUAUGCCCUUAAUCUGCCCAGGGGUAUUGCAGCGGUUCUGUUUGCACUUACUGUGCCCAGGACCUUUCCCAGGACAUUUAUAUGCACAUUUCACAUUCCUUACAUUGAACCCAUUAGCAGCAUCCUUCUAUUCCAGGGCAGCCUUGGCACUCAUUCAGGCCUACCAACCAAUUAGCUGUGACUUUGUGGAUGACCCUAAAAUGUUCUUAACCUACCCUUGGUUGCUCAGGCACUAGUAACAAUGGGAUUUAUAUUAUGUCUGUGACUCCCUCCAAGGGCGAUGUCAAACUAUCUCUGUUUGUAGGCUAAAAUUACCAAGUAAACUAUAUUCACAAGUGUUAAUGUCACGACCUCACACAAUAGCAACCUGAUUGGCUGAUCUGCUCAAUUCCAGGACUUGUUUCUGUCCUUUUCUAAUGAUUUAGAGUCCUUAGUUACAUGCAUCAUACCUACCAAGUGAAGAAUGACAGCCAAAUUACAUCUUAGUAGACCACAGUUGAGUAGAUCUACAGAAUUUUGGUAUAAUGAGGUACUGAAGGAUCUUAAGCACUUCAAAUCCAAGUGUUUUUCAAUACAUCACAGAAAAAUAGAAGCAGAUGUAGGGAAUCUUUGUUGUGUUUAAAUCACGGAUAUGUUUCUCUGUCAAGAUAACUGAGUUUUAUACAUGUAAUCCCUGUUGGGUUUGUCAAAAAUAGCCAUAUUGAUGGUAAGAUCAUUAAAUACUAUCAUGACGUACUAUUAACUUCACCACCCAGGUAUUUAAGAAUGGAACAGUGCAGUGUUGUCUUGACAUGAUUUUUGAAUUAUCUUUUCCAGUUUACUGUUUGAAAAUAUUUUAUGGUGUUUGAAGUGGUGGGAUUUAGUUUUUUUUCUUUAAGCGUCCCUAUAA